AUGAGUUUGGUGCUAUUUUCAAUAGGUAACCCAGGUCCCUCCAAUCGGCACUCUACCGGCCACAUAAUGCUAAAGCUACUACUAGAAAACUACUCAUCCACCGUUAAGCAACUCGUUCCCAAAUCAACAUAUUCCAUGACCAGUAAUGCUGACAAUAGUCUCAUUUUCAUUAAAUCAAACACCUACAUGAACGAAAGCGCAAAAGCAUGGAAUAAAGUCAUUUCCAAUGAGAAAUUACCAAAUGGUUCAAUUGUCAUUAUUCUAUACGAUGAUUUUGAAAAUGAUAUUCCACUGGUUAAAUUGUCAAAGUUUAAGAAAAAUGAAAGUCACAAUGGUGUAAAGAAUUUAAUGACUGUGAUGCAGAAUGAAACCAGUUACCUAAUUUUGAAAUUGGGUAUUGGAAUAGGACCAAAGCCAGCUCAAGCAAGUAAGGCCACAAUGAGUUCGUGGGUGUUGAGUCCAUUCACACUAGAGCAGAAGCAAACAAUUAUGAGUCAGAGUUUUGACCUUUGUUUAUUCUACCUCCAGCAAAUUGCAGAAGCUGGUGGUGAAAUGGGUGAUGUGGGUAAAUUCGACGUAAGGGUAAAGAAGCAAUGGAAAAGGGAAAAGAACGGAGUUGAUUAA